CUGGUUGUACUGCAGGAAUCCGGAUAUGAAAAUGUUUUAGACGCAACUAUCCUCAGAAAACUACCGCCACUGAACGUCGAAGGCGUUGCGAGGAUUGUUAUUGAUAUAUUUUUUAAUACAUUAACAACAUCUGGACAAGGUGUGACUGGGACACGCUAAACAACUAAAGUUACCGAAAAAGUUUUUGGAGGCUAAGUUGCUCUUUCACCCGGUUUCUUCUUUUCUUCCCAACGUCUCGGGGAAAGAGUUAGAGGCAGGAAGGAUGGGAAUAAGUCAGAUUUGAAGCAAGGGAGUUGUCAUGUUUGAAAGCCUGUGCUGAUGAUGAGACAUUGGUUUUCACAGCGCUGAGGGCUGAGGAAAGGGAGGAACUUCUUCUUGCCGUGUGUGUCCCAAAAAGACGACUGUCUCAUGUCCAAGGAGAGCGUUUUUCCUCCGGAUGGGCCGGCAGGGCCAGGGAAUGGCCCUCAGCAAGAGACAAGUCCCCUGUUGUCAGACUCACAAGAUGCUUGUGACAGUGGAUCAUCAGGAAGAUCACCAUCUCCCAGGAAACCAGCCACUGAGGGACAAAGUCACGUGUCCAAGGAAAAGCCUAAUUAUUGCGAGCCUGUAAGAACUCAACCUCAAUCUGAGUCUCAGCCAGUUCCCUCAGAGGCUGCCGACCAAAAUGGCUUUUGCCACAACAGCACUGGCACGCCCGCGCUGAGUAACGGCAACGGAAUCCGCCCUGGCAUCGGCGGGGCCGGGGCCACGCGCACAUGCUCCUGUGGUGCCAACAUCAGCACGGGUGCCAUGGGUGGGUCAGGCCCUGGCGCAAGAGCAGUGGCGACUGCAACGACGACAGAGCAGCCCAGGAAGCAGCCGUCCACGCCUGUGUCGCAGAGGAUGCAGAGGAAAUUGAGGUCCAGCUUGUCAGUCAACAGUGACAGCAGCCGACGCAGCAAAGGCAGUUCCACAGGGUCACAGAAACCUCCUUUACCAGAGGACUGCUGCGUCCACUGCAUCUUGGCCUGCCUGUUCUGUGAGUUCCUGACACUUUGCAACAUGGUGGUGGCGCAGGCCUCGUGUGGCGCAUGCACAUCAGAGGCUUGCUGCUGCUGCUGCUGCAGCGACGACCUGGGCGAUGACUGCAACUGCCCCUGUGACAUGGACUGUGGCAUCAUGGAUGCCUGCUGCGAGUCCUCAGAUUGCCUGGAAAUCUGUAUGGAGUGCUGCGGCAUCUGCUUCCCCACAUAGGGAGGCUUGGGCUGGUGUGGACCAGGGCGUCUCUGUGGGGGAAUACUGGACCCUGGAUGGAAGAAAUUGCUGCUGCUGUCACUUUGAAUUCAGCAACAGACGGAGGGAACGUGUGUCUGGGGGUGUGUGUGUGUGUGUGUGUAUGAUGGUCGAUUUAUGUGUUUAUGGAUUGUGAUGACUGUUGAGUGUGUGUGCAGUAGUAUGGUGUGGUUGAGUAAAGCAUGCUUUGAAAUAUGUAUUUUGACACUGGGCUUCUCCAUCAAAACCAGCUCAACAGGGGCUAGAAGUAACUCCAGAUAUAUGAACAUGUCAGUUAAAUCUGAAAUGUACAGUAAGUUGUUUCUGUUAUGUACUCUAUCCUUUGCGUAAGAAGUAUUAUCACAGACUGCCUUAAAGAUUUUAUUGUUAAAUCAGGAAUGCUGUCUAAUUGUAUCUUAUCUUGCCUCUUUUGAGUCAUUUUGAUGACCAACGUGUUGCAUACACUAAACAAAAUGAUUACAUUUACUCUGUUUUACUUUUCAAUACAUGUUUUUUUAUGCUGAAAAAGGUUGCAGUCUUACUGUACAACACUGUAAAAGGUUUAUGUGACAAUUCAUACAUUCUCAGUUGCAUACUGUAGUUUUGCAACACAGACUUUCAUUUACACGUAUCUAGUGUAGCACUGUAGAACAGCUGAAACUGGUGAAAUAUCAAAGGUGAAUCAGGACAUCACAUCACUUGCUACUUUUUAAAACCAAAGGUAAAGAAUGUGCCUGUUUUAGGGUUGUUUUUCUAUUUCAAGCAUUCUUUUUUUAUUUGAAGUGGCCUAUUACCGAAAAACUGCACACAAUUGCUGAUCAGCUCAUAAUUGUUUGCUAAAUCUUACAAUCUGCUGGAAGGUCUAUGAAAACAUGUUGUGCCAAAGAAUCUCAUCUCUCUCCUGAUUUGGCAGUAUUUGAAGCCUUGGGUUUACUGGAAAUACAGUGCAGAAACUCACAUUUUUAAUACAAAACUGUACAGUUUUCUGCAACGUUAAGAUAAACAAUGUGUACAGCUUAUGUCUUUAUUUCUGAGAGUCCUCCUCUAAUGUUAGCCAACGAUUAGGCUUUGUCAGCUGCAUAUGGUACAAGUCUUUUCUGUGAUGCUAUAUUACAUACAUACUGUGUAAGUAUGACUUGUUGAACUGCACUCUGUUCAUGAGGGGUGUGAUAAGGAAUUAAAAAAUGGUGACCCUGGUUGCCAUAUAAGCGGCUUUCGGGUAUCAAGCCCAGUGACUUACAAUACAAAAAAGGAAUCAUGAACUGUCAUGUUGAAAUGGUAAACUAAUACAGGGUAAAGGCAGUUUUCUUCUCCUUUUUUCUGUUCCUUAAUUCUGUGUAUCUCGUGAUGAGUUUUGUGGUGAAUCACCAGUGGAGUCAUUUUCUUGUCUUGGAGAUGCGCUUUGAUGUUGUUUAAGUGAUGAUACUUAAUGCUGGCCCUCAUUAGCACUGCUUGCUAAAUGAUAACAAAAAAUGUCCCUUCCUAACGCCAACAAAGAUAAUGUGCUGCCAUGUACAGCCCGUCUUAAUGGCACACUGUUACUGUGUAUAAGGUUGGAUGGGCACCUCUGCAGCAGAUAAUGUGCAGAAAGUAAACCUCAUUUUCAUGUUUAUGAUUAACUCGCGCCGUAAGUUUGUUACGGGCUAAAGGGUGUCAAGAAAACACUAUAUACUGUAGAUAAUGUGAAGAAUUCAUCUAAAACAAAAAAGUGUAUACAUGUAGCUACAGUAGCUGUCCUCUUAUACUAUUCUGUUGUAUGUUUGGUUUUUUUUUGGUUUUUUAAUUCUGUGCCUUACACUUGAUCCUUCUCAUCUCAAUGCAUCAUUUCUCAACUUGGAGUUCACAGCUCAUUUUAUUAGUUUUGUUGUGCAUUAUCUUCAAUCUCAAAGAGAACUGUUUAAAAAAAAAUAAAACAUUACCAAAAAUG